AUGUCUCCCGAUAACACUAUCCUAGCAGAGGCCAAGGUUCCAGGACCAUCUCAUCUCUCUCCUCUUCCUGUCAUUCCAUCUUCCGUGCUUUUAGAGUCUUUUCAUCUGGCCAAGACUUCUAAACAAGUCAAUCCGGCAGAUGUAGACAACAAGAGCAUUGAGGGCGACGUAGACAAGGGCAUUGAGGAAACUGCUGGUGAGGACAAUGAUGAGGAGGGUGCUGCUGUUCGUGUGAGCAAUGGUGCUAUCAAGCUGAGUGACAAGGAACUCGAAACUCUACCCAUUCUCCCUGUUCCCGGGCCGCUUCGCUCUUAUUGUGACUCUGGAGGCUGGCUCAGAAAAGCCAAUUUCAAAGAGAGCUCUCAAGAAGCAUCGACAGCGCGCUUGUCGAUCACAGGGGGAGCAGAAGGACUAAGCUUGAUUAUUGCUGGGUUUUUGUUUGCAGGUCUUUUGUAG